GUUGUUAUAAGAAGAUAUGAGUUUGAGAACUUGAUAUAUUUAAACUUUUUAAUUCCAGAACUUUGAAUGAGGAAAUGUAGAGUAGUUAAAAAAUGGUGUUUGUCAGUAUCUACUGGGACCGUGGGACGAGUACAGUAUGUGAAACUGAAAUUGUCUGAAACCGUGAAACUUUCAACGCAGCCAGUCAGCCUCAGUCAGCUGUGUGUAACGGUGAGAGAUACAUCGAGUGAGGGGCUGCUGGCUCGCUAGGGAGUUUACGCACUCCGGAACCAUGAAGAUGUUGAUGGUAUCCUGGGUCACCGUGGCUGUGCUACUCACUAGCAUGGGUGAUGCACGGCUUGUGUUUCCUCCAGGGUCUGACAUGGGCUAUAUUGUUCCAGAUGAUAUAGGACCACAGAAGUUUGAAGAUGACACAAAUUCGCUUAAUGACAUUGUUCAGGAAUACGACCAGCCUUUACUGCAGAGACAUGAACGAGAGGUAUUUGAUGAAGUAGAAUCUGCACUUUUGAGAACUGUUGAAGAACGUGAGAGACUGGAGGAGAGAGAGAGUGUUGAUGAUGAGGAGGAAACAGUAAAGGUGGAACCCAUUGGUGACUGGCAUGGUAAAUGGUUCCCCCGUGCUCCUAAAGGGCUCUCAGAAGAAAUGGUUAUUCCAGCUGAUGUUCCAGACAGCUUGAAGGAUGAUAAACAUGGAAUUAAAAUGGGAGCCCCACACACGAGUUGUGAUAAUGGCAGGCUGCAUUUGGAAGUGGACUGGGAUUCCUCUCCCGUCAACUACACCUGCUUUGAUCACAAGAAACAUCACAUAAGAGUUGAAGAUCUGCCAUCAGUGGAGAGAAAGGAACAAGUGCCCUGGAAUUACAUAUCUAAACAUGUGUGUAUGAAUAAUGUAAUCAAAUACAACAGAACACUGCCAACAUUUGGACCACAUCGCCCCAUUUGGCCUGUUUUUGGAGAAUAUAAAUUUGUACCAAUCCAGAGAUGGCUUCACAGUAUUGAGCAUGGAGGAGUAGUCAUGCUGUAUGAUCCAUGUACUGAACCUUUGCUGGUUGAUCGACUUCGCAAAUUGCUGACUGGAUGCUUUCGCAAGCACAUCAUCACUCCUUACACUCUUUUAACACGAGAACGGCCAUUAGCCUUGUUAGCCUGGGGUCAUACUUUAGAGAUGGCCACUGUAAAUGACGAAGAAGUGAAGGAAUUCAUCAAGAAGCGAGCACUCCAUGGACCCGAGGGACACCUGGCCAAACAUGGAAGUUAUAAGACAUUGCUUAUCAAAAAAGCUCAAUAUCCUCCAGGAUCUAAUGAUAAGGACUCCAACAUUUGUCCUGAACCUCCUCAAGCCUAAAGAUUAGUUAUCACCCAUACUUGAGUAUAUCCUCGUUUGAUCAGUUUAAAUUAGUUUAGAUUAAAUUUUAUUAUACAGUAUUGUAUUAUUCUGUAUAAAAUGAUUUAUUUUAUUAAUUUUAACCCUUAAAGUACAGUAUAAUUACUGCAGGUGUAGCAUUAUGCUCAUCAGAAAGGUUCUUCUAAUUGUUGUGCUUUGAAUUUUUUGCCCAUUUUUUGAACAGUUAGGCAUGACUGUGCAGGUCAGUAGCCAGCCUGGUAACUCUUGAGGUAAGAGUGGGUGCACAUUUUGGAAUAUUAAACAAAUACAUUACAUUAUUGUAACGAGUAAUUAAUUUAUUGAUCAAUCAAUAGAAUAAUGCUGAAGAUUAAUUUAGUUAACCUCUAACGUAGUUGUGUUCUCUCACAUAAAAAAUACUUUGUACAAUUAAUUAAUAACUGCUAAAAAAUCAUGCUCAAUUAGAUGGGCAGCUAUUAGUAAGAACAAUAUUAAACCCAAAAUAUUCAGACAUAAGAUUAAAGUUUAAGUAGGCCAAUAGAAUGGAGAAUAAAAGGUGCUGAUAUAUAUCCCAAGAUAACCUCAUAACAUUGAGUAUAGGGAUAGUUUUCUACAGAACAUGCAUUUUGGCAUAGCUAGAAGAGAGUUAGAACCAUCAAAUAUUCUCAUAGAUUUUUUGACAAUCUCCAAUAAUCUUUUAUUUAAACAGUCAUCCAAAACUUAAAAGUAAUUGCCACAAUCAUACUGUAUACAGGUAUCCCCCGAUCUGUAAUGUCCCUAUCUAUGAUAUUUCACCUUAACGAUGGUUUUCACUCCGUCUUAAAAGAGUUUUAGCCUCGGAGGCGACAUGUGGUGAUGACCAGACGUGUUCUUAAUGAUGUGAUGAGUGUUGUUUAAUUUUUUCUGCUGAUAGUAGUACAUACUGCUGUACAUUUAUUAUUUUUGGUGAUACAAGUGUGUCUGUCCGUCUGGUCAAGAAUCUUUCCCAUUGAACUCCCAUGUUAUAAUGAUACUGAUUUACGAUAUUUCGACCUGCAAUGGGUUUUGGGGAAAAAUAACCCCAUCGUACAUAAGGGGAUACCUGUACAGUAUUUGCCCAGUCAUGCAGUAUUUUAAAUCAGACUGCUUUAAACAGUUUAAACUUGGACUUAUAUUUUCCUUCUUUCUCUCAAUUUUCUUCAUGACAAGAGCAAAUAGGGUCAUCUGAUUCUGUGGUCCUAUUUUGUGCAGAGCAGCUCAUGUAUACUACAUUUGGCAUUAAGUGUAUUUUACUUAUUGGUUCUGUGGAAUGGCUGAGAUGUUGGAAUUAUGGACAUAAUGUUGUGCUUUAUGCACAUGGGUUGGGUUUCAUUUUGAUCCUGGCUAAAUUGACUAAUUUAGUGCUAGUGCUAAUUGAAAUUGCUGUUGGAGUAAAGUUGUUAUUUGUUUAAUUAGUGACAAAUUACCAGUUAGGCAAAUGAUCAUAUUCAUGUUUCUUUUAUGAUUUAUUGGUAAUUCAGACCCUUAAUCCCUAGUCUCUUCAAAUCCCCUUUAGGUACCGGUAGUCUGAUCUUUUGAAACACAACUGCUAUGUUAAGAAAAAACUAAAGUUGUUAAUAAGUUUGUUGUACAUGUUGAAAUAAUUAUUGUACCUUACACAUUAUUUAAAGUGAAGUCAUUUUCUCAGUUUAAAAUUAUUAGUUAAGAACUUGAAGAUUAUUGUCAUUCUUAUUAACACUCUUGAACAUUUUGAUGAUGCCAUUAGUGAUUCAUUAGAAUGUUAGCUUUUCUCUUGAAUAAUAGUUCAGUAAUAUAGACAAAUAAAUUUAAAAGCAGCAAACUUUGGUGAAAAGGACAAAUACUGGCAUCCUUAAAUCUUUGGCAUCUCUUUUCUCUUAUACCAAAGAAUACUCUUAGUAUAUUAGUCAUCGUUAUCAGACCUACCAUUAGGAGGUUCAUACACUAGUGUUGGCAAUAGUGUCAGAACCACCAGUAUGACGCAUAAUAUGACUGAACUUUAUCCGAAUCACCAGUAUCAGGCAGUGUUGGUGUCAGUAUCAGAAUCACCAGUAUCAGGCACAGUUGACUUGGCUUUUACAACAAAAAGAGCUACAAAAGUUAUGUUGAGUAGGUUUAUCUUAACAAAACUAAACACAUGAAUGCAGGUAUGGGGAAUAAGAUGUCUGAAUAGCUUGGGGUAAUAGGUGGAGGGAUCAUUCUCAGUAGCUUUGGUGUACUGCUGUAAAUUAUUAUACUUGAAUCUCACAAUAUACCUCAGUAAUAUGGGACUAAUUGGAGGGAAGACUGGUCCAUAAAGCCAAAGGUCCGUUAUAUCCUGAUCCAGAAUAAUAAUGGACUCGGUUCAUUAUAUUCUAACAUAAUCUGAAGUGACCAUUUGGGUUACUUUUCACCACCAGCACUCGCCAACACCACCACACAUACAGUAUAUAUAAAUAUAUAUUUGGCAGGUCUCUUCAGAGGUGACAGUUACCAGAAUGGCAGCAGUCUUGGGUUAUAGCAGCAACUUGAGCACUGCAGAAUUAGCUACACACUGAACAUUGCUCAUUUGUCCUUGUUAGCAAGUUGCUUUUUGAAUGUCUGUCUGGAAAUGUAAGAUAAUGAUGGUGUUUUGAAGAUGGGUGAAAUUGACUUGCUAAGAUACCCUUGGUAGUUGAUAUUGCUGUUUAGCAAUGUUGUUAUGCUAAGUGAUUUGAAUACUUAGACAUUACAUAUUCAGAUGAAAUGCCAAGCAUUCAAAUCACUUAGCAUAACAACAUUGCUAAACAGCAAUAUCAACUACCAAGAGUAUCUUAGCAAGUCAAUUUCACCCAUCUUCAAAACUCCAUCAUUAUCUUACAUUUCCAGACACAUUCAAAAAGCAACUUGCUAACAAGGACAAAUGAGCAAUGUUCAGUGUGUAGCUAAUUCUGCAAUGCUCAAAGUUGCUGCCAGCUUCCAAGGUCCAAACCUGGUGGGUAGGCUGGAGCUCAUCUCCAGAGAGGACACCUCAAAAAUCUGGAAAAAUUGGUAAAAAAGUUUUAAGUCCAAAAAUUUCUGUAUUUUGUCUUAGGAAAUAAUAAAGAAAGUUUGAGGAGGACAUGUUCUUUUAAUUUGAUGACAUUGUUUACUAAAUACAAAGUGCUCGAUAAGCUCCACUGUAAUUUAGUAGAGCAUGUGUAAUUCCAUCUUCUUUGUAAGACAUUGUUUCUCUUGAGUAACAACUGUACAUUUUUCUUCCUCAUUCCAAAUUGUUUCCUGUAGUAUUCAAAUCAAAUAACUAUGUACAGCAUUUUUAAAGACAUUCAAUACCAUGUAAUUUGCUAGAGCACAAUAUAAUUCCAUUUUCUUUGUAAGGCAUUGUUUCUCUGUAUAUCUUUCUUCCUCUUUCCAAAAUGUUUCUUGUAUUCCAAUUAAAUAACUAUACAGUACAGCAUUAUCAAACACAUACAAUGUUAAAUUAUGGUAGAAGGGUUCUGUUGUACAUCUGUAAGUUUUUAUAACAUGUUGAAGACUUUAGCUCCAUUGGUCUUGCUGAGGCACAAGUAGGAAAGUGUUGCUGUACAUCUUGUAAGUCUUCUAACAAUAUUGUUAUGCCGAGGCAUAAUUUGGUAUUAUAAUGUUUAUAAACUAGGUGUUUUGAUUGUUUUCUGUCCCAAGCAGCGGUUGUUUUGGCAAGUUUAGGGAGAUUUAUGUGUAUUCCGUCAUUUUUUUUUUUCAUGAUUUACUUCCUAUUGUAAGCCUCGAUCAGAGUAGAAUGGCCUAGAACUUCCCAGACCUGUCCGAGUUGUUCUAGGAUCAUCUGACGAGACGUUUAUAAACAUCUGCUAGCGGGCUAGGAGUCAGUCAACUGUUUCUGCUCGCAGUGUAAAGCAGUGGCGGAUCCAGACUGUCUUACAUGAUUUCGGAAGUCAGUCAGAAUUUUGGAGAGUAAAAAGUAUGAAAUUGUUAAGCAGAUAGGCAUGUCUAAGCCCACAGUAGUUCUGUGGAUUAUGAAUUAUAUGACACUGAUGACAAGCCAAUGCGAUUGAGGCUGGUGAUGUUAUACAAAAUAAAUUAUAUUUUUUGGUUCUUUGAUUCUGCUUUUCAAAAUGAACCAAAAAUAAGUCUUCAAAAUCUGCCUGGCAAGUAAAGAUGUACAAUAUUGCCAUCAGCUCCCUAAAGUUUAAUUUUGACUGUUUUUGUUUCAUCUAACGCCACUUUAAUCACACCAGGUCAGAGGGUACACAGCACGAAGCAGCAAUGCUAGAGAUAGGCAUCGCCCCAGCUGGGCUGUGUUGCUAAGGCAAGUGUUGAAGCAGCCAGCGUUCCUGAGACUGUGACAGUGUGUACUGGUCCACUAACAUGUAUCUUCUUUGCUCUUUUUAUAACUGUACUGACAUUAAUAUGCUUCAGUUAUUGCUGUUUACCAGUAUAGUAUACUAUAUGCCUACAAUCUUAUGUUUUAAUGUUACAAUAUACAGUUGAAGCUACAUCAUAAGAGAAGGAGCAUGGUACAUAGUAUCAUCAAACAAUAUUUACAGAAAGUUUACUGUACAGUAUACUGUCUGUAAUACAUUUUAGGCCUGGCUCUCCUAAUUCCAGAAAAAUGCUUAUCCAAUAGCCCCAUGUUCCAAGCAUGUCAGAUAUUUGGUCCCAUACCUUUAGUUUGUAGAUAUGAGUAGACAUAACAUAUUUUUUUUUAUAGUGUAGGAUCAGAUGUAUUGUUCGUCAAUGAACUUGAGUCUUUUACUGUAUUAAUUUAUGAUUAUUGUUUUGUUUUAUUAUGUGAUUAUUGUUUGAGUGUCAUAAUAUAGAGGUAAAACUGUGUCUGGGGCAGUUCAGUAUAGGUAUUUUUUAAAUUUCAAUAAGUUUUUCUUUUAUGGGAUUUUGUCUUAUGCAAAAUUAAACAUUCAGGAUUUCUAAAAAUCACCAUAUUAUGGAGCUUCUACUGUGGUUCGGGCUGGGGCCACAGCGCCCCACUAAGUCAUAUCAUUAUUGCGUCUGCUGCUCCCUUGUUGGCUGUGCUGUUUGUAUUUGUGUCACGUAAUGUAGGAGGAGACAAGCUGCUGUAUGUGCCCACCUGGUGUAUGCUGCCUGCUAUUGUCUGGGCAGUAAGCAACACUCACAUGCCAUCCUAGACCCAUUGUAAAGUAGAUCUCUCUAACCAUCAGAGUGGCCACUGUGAUUAUACCUGUACCAUAAAGGACUACAGCAGUGGCCACCAAGAUUACUUUAAGUACUGUAGCCUUAAGAUUAUGUCCCUAACUCUAGAACCACUAGAGCAGCUCACGAGAAUUAUAUCACGUAACUUGACAACCACUGCAUUGGCCACUAACACAAUUUUCCCCUAGUGUAUGAACUGCUUGAGUAGUCACCAAGCCUGUGUAGGUGGCGAGGUGCUGAUGUGAGAGGAGAAAGAAAUAUUCACUAAUUUGGCCACAACCCAGCAGCUUCUCUAGGGCGUCCUGUGAGGCUGUUGUACCAGCUACUACUGUAGUUUUAUUCCUUCCCUUGGUGUGUUGUUACAGAAGGUGAAGCAGGAACCUAUGACCGGUAAAUAGUUGUAUGUUAAAGUUGAUGCAUAUGUUAAUGCACUCGUUACAUAUGCCUAGGCAUGAUGAAUGUUAUCUUUCUUAGAUUACUAUGUUUUUAUUCUUUAUUUAAGAGUUUUCUAAAAAUUAUUAACAAUUUCUCAGCUAUGGUAUAAAUCUUUAUAUUGUUUUUUUAUGAAUAAAUUAUAUAAUUUCAGUAUUAACCUUAGAUUGAAUAUAUUUAUUUAGUACUUUUAAAUCUUUUCAUCAUAUUUUUUUUUUGUACCCGGUAUACUGUAUAUCUGAAAUAGUCCAAUAGACCACAAGUAAUGUAUGUACACUCGGUUCUUCAAAUAAGAGCAUUACUUGUUAUUUAGUUUGUAGAUAUGUAGUACUGUACUCUAAUACACUUCACUUUAAUUUAAUUAAUGAAGUUAAUCAUAACCAAGUUAUUUUUUCAAUCAAAAAUUUCAUCAGUUUAUUACUACUUGUCACAAAGAAGACUUGUAGAAGAAUAUCAUAAUACCUUCUUUAAUGUCAUCCAUUUUCAUCACAACAGUAACAGGUUUGAAAAAAAUUUAUAUGUUUUUGACUGAUGUGCAUGACACAACCAGCCCCAAACACCUGAAGUGUCUGGGAUAUUGAUGCAGCCUUAACAGGAGACAAAAUUAUCAUGUGUUCUCAAGUUGGCGCAUGGUCGCCUUGACCUGCCACUCAGACAAGCUGCAAUAGCAACUUUUAGAAUAAUAGAAUAAAAAUUUGUCCUCCCCUGCCCACGAGUGUUAGUCAACGAGGAGUGCGGUGGACUUGCCUGAGAGCAGCUCGGAUAGAUCCCAGCAACAUUAACAUGGGUGUGUAUGUACUCUUCCAGUUUUAAAUUUGCAUAAUAAAAUAUCGACUCCUU